AUGGGAAAUACGAAUUCAACAGACGGAAAUAACCUUGUUGCUUCCAUUCAAAGGAGAAGAAGUAGAAGCAAUAGUUCAGCUUCUAUUCCGCAAAAAAACAUUGCUCAACCUUCCCCACGUCAAUCCUUUCAGCUUUCGAUUACAGAACCCGUAGAAGCCACAACUAAUCAUUGGGAACCCACCGAACCUCCCAUUACAGAAGACUCGCCUACAAAACCUAUUCAAAUGAAACGAGAUGAUCCUACGCCACCCGUCACAAACACAGCCCAUUCAAAGGGGUGGGUUUCAAGUACGGGCGCCGCCAGUCCUUGGUUCGGUUAUUUAUCAAGCUCGGCUUCCUCCCAUCACCGUGCCUCUAUUAGCGGCCCAUAUUACCGUACACGCGGCAUGAGUGUCACACGUGACAAUGAAAACGAUGAGGAUCUAUCUAAUAUCAUUGCUAGCAGUUCGCUCAGUUCACCUCCCAAAGCCGACGAGCCUGUCAUUACUAUAGAUGAGCCUGUCACUGCCGAUACAACCACCACAGACACGCCUACAAAUGAUUCGCCAACAGAUGAUGCGCUUAAAAUAAAUACAUCUUCAAAGGAUAAAUCUACGGAUGAUACACCCACAGAUGAUGCGAUAGCUGUGCAACCUGUACCUAGCAUUUCAAACACCAGCACUAGCACUACUGCUACCAACACUACUACUAACACAGCCACAGCACAACCCUCUGCGCCACCAUCUACCACAAGUCACGGUGUGCCGACCAUCAUCACUUGGACACAAGGAGGAAACAACGUUUAUGUCACUGGCACAUUUAAUGGAUGGAAACACAAGAUAAAGUUGGUAAAAAGCACACACGAUUUCAAUGCUGUGUUGGAAUUACCACCAGGCACACACCGAUUAAAGUUUAUUGUGGAUGAUGAAUGGAAGUGCUCAAAUGAUAUGGAAACAGCAACAGAUCCCGAUGGUAACCUAGUAAAUUAUUUACAAGUGUUGGAUGAAGAUGAAGAAAACGAACAUGAAGAAUUUGAUGUGACAGAAUAUUCCAAUGUGAUUCCAGCCGAUUUAUUACAAUUAGCUGCCGUAUCAGAGUCCUCAGAGGAAACAGAUAGAAGAGUGCUCGAAUGGGAGAAAAAGCAACCACAACCACCUACUCUGCCUCCUCAUUUGGAAAAAGUCUUAUUAAACUCAAAUACAGUCAGCGAAGAGGAUAAUUCCGUGUUGCAGGAGCCCAAUCAUGUCACUUUAAAUCAUUUGUAUGCCUGCUCUAUUAAAGAUAAUGUAAUGGCACUGGCUACUACCUCCCGGUAUCGCAAGAAGUACGUCACUACCAUGUAUUACCGCCCUGUAUUUCCCAAGUCUUGA